AUGCCACCACCAGAGCAAAGGGCUUCCACGCCCACCUCUUCACGAGCAGCUGGAAGAUCACCACGGGUGCUCGCAUGCGUGCUGUGCCAGCAGCGCAAAGUCAAAUGCGACCGCAAGUUCCCCUGCGCCAACUGCGUCCGGGCCGGCGCGCAGUGUGUGCCCACUCUUGGCCCGCGCCCGCGGCGUCGCAGGUUCCCCGAACGAGAGCUGUUGGAUCGCGUUCGGAGGUAUGAAGACUUGCUGCGCCAAAAUAAUAUACCUUUUGAGCCUUUGCAUGCUCCUGUAGCGGAAGAUAGUAGGGUCGUGGAGUCUGGAGAUAAUGCUCGUUCUGAAGAGCCUAAUGUGGGGGAAGAGAGGGACGUGGCUGUCAAGGCUGAGCCAGAAUUACUGGAAGGUUCUCAAUUCAGUGAUACUGGGGAGGUUGAUUCCGAUGAUGACAGUGAGGAGGAUGGCAAUGAUCUCACUCACUUUCAGUUCACUCUGGGAGGAAAUGCCAUAAACAAGAUGUUUGAUGAGGCAUACAAGAACAACGACGAGGGGUUCAUAUUUGGAUCACGCAAAGACAAUGUGGAUCUGUCGACAUUGCACCCUGAUCAAGUCCGGAUAUUCAAGCUCUGGCAAAUUUACCUGGACAAUGUUGACCCGCUGCUCAAAGUCACGCAUACUCCGACUCUGCAAGCACGUAUUAUUGGUGCUCUUAGUGAUCUGACUCGUAUAAGCUCGGAACUAGAAGCACUCUUGUUCAGUGUGUAUAGCGUCGCUAUCAUGAGUCUCGACGAUGAAGAGUGCCGAACGUCGUUCGGGUCUCCGAGGAAAGAGCUUUUGCGAGGAUAUCAAUUUGGAUGUCAACAAGCCUUGCUCAAUUGUAACGUGUUACGCACCGGGGAUCGCGAGUGCUUAACUGCGUUGUUUCUGUAUCUGGUGUCUGUGAGGUAUGAGACGGAUCCGAGGUCUUCGUCCUCGAUGCUUGGAGUUGCUAUUCGAAUUGCUCAACGCAUGAGUAUCCAUGACGAAAAGGCAAAUACUAGGUGUGGUGCGUUGGAGGGCGAGAUGCGCCGGAGAUUAUGGUGGUCCUUGAUCAUGUUCGACAAUCGCAUUGGCGAGAUGUCAGAUCACAAAACUUCAAUGUUGAUACCAACCUGGGAUUGCAGCAAGCCUCGCAAUUUGGCCGACAAUGAUUUGCAACCGGAGAUGAAAGACUUACCAGCUGCUCAAGCAGGUCCGACCGAAGCGUUGUUCAUAACUGCGCGCAGUGAACUAGGGGACUUUCUGCGACAUAGCGCCUUUCACCUAGAAUUUGUCAAUCCAUCCUUGAAGGCAGUCGCCAGAGACACAAAGGGUGAUGGCAUGACUGAUCUAGAAAGGAGGAUAGAGGACCAGUAUCUCCGACUUUGCAAUCCAGACAACCCGCUUCACUAUCUGACCAUCUGGAUGAUACGUGGCUUCCUUGCAAAACACCAUCUGCUUGAAGAAUACUCGAACUUCUCGCCCGCGCAGCACUCAGAAGCGCAGCGCAACAGCGCCAGCUCCUGUGCAAUGCGGAUUCUAGAGUCCGAUACCAAAUUGAUGAAAUCUCCCCUUACUAAACGGUACCGCUGGCAUAUUCAUAUGUACUUUCCGUUUCCUGCACAUCUACAUUUGAUUCAUGAUCUGAAGAAGCGGCCUACGCAAGAGCACGCCCAUGAGAUGUGGAAGGCCAUGAGCGAAAACGCCGAAAUACGCUUCGAAGACAUGCAUAGAUUCCAUCCGCUUUCUGAGAUUGUGUCGCGAGAUAUUCUCCAGGCCUGGGAGGCGUAUCAAGCAGCAUUAGGGGAACUUGGAGAAACGGUAUCGCCCCCAUGGAUUGUGCAGAGUGCUAGAACAAAUUUCAACUAUCCGUAUAACGACACGGGAAGUUGCAGCGCAGAGCAGCCGAAUGACCCGGAGGUCGCCCCUUCACUCUCUAUACCCACGGAGCAUGGUAUUCCUAAUCUGCUAUCCGGCAUGGAAGGAUUUGGCAGCGCAGCUUCCGGGUUUGGAGGAUAUUCGGACAUAUUUGAACAGGCUGUCCUGGAAGGUGACGCGUAUCAGUCAGGCUGGCCCACGAUGAGCUUCUACCCAAUGUGGUAG